AUGCAUAUUGAUGAAUUACCGGUUGGAUCGUAAAAGUAGAAUUUCAUAGUCGAAGAAUUUCCUCCUGGUAAUUUAAAUGUAAUAAUAAAGAUUUCGAUCCUUAAUAAUUUGAUAAAGUGGAUUUACCAUUAAAAUAAAGAAUAAAAUCGAAAGUUUGGAAAGUUAGACUUUAAGGUUAUGAGGAACUAGGAAAUGAGUAAGAAAUUGAUUAUGAGUGCAUUUUAUAAAUAAUACAAGAUAUACACGUUUAAUGUUAAGAAAAAGCAAUAUAGAUAGCCUUAAAAUAUUUUGAAUAAAAUCAUUAACUCGAGAAAGUAUAAUAGAAAGAGAUAAUAAGAGUGUUGAUAGAGAAAGUGUUGAUACAAUAAAAAUUGAAGUAAAAUGGUUAUUAAUUGGCCAAAAUACUAUUUCCUUAUUGUAAAUAGGUAAUGAUAGAGAUUAUAAUUGGGGAACUAACUCAUAAAAAUCCUAAGAUUGUAUAAGCAACUAUUAGUUUGAUAUUAGAAUUACUUUAACAAUAUGGUGUAAAGAAAUUAGAUAAUUUAAAACCUUUUUUUCCAAUAUUAUCAAAAUUAACAGAGGCAUAAUAGAGUACAAUAAAAGCUGAUGCAAUAUCAUUUUAUAAGGAAACAACUAAAUGGUUUGGGAAGAAUAUAGAAGCCUUUUUUGGUGGAUUGAAUGAAAAACUAUAAUAAGAACUAAAAAAGAUUGGAGAAACAAUAAUAUAAGUAUAGAAGGCUCCAAAUUAAGAUGGAGAUUUUGAGACAGGAAAUUAAUAAUUAUAUGAUUUAGCAGAAGCAGUUGAAGUAUUUCCUAAAUUUACAGAUUCAUGGUGUGAAAAGGUAUUUUAAUUAGAGAAAUGGUAAGAGAAAAAAGAAUUAUUAGAAAAUUUAUAAAAAGCUUGUUCAGUUGCUAAAAUGAUACCAUCACCAAAUGUAUAUUCAAUAGUUUAAUUACUGAAGAAAUUAAUAAAUGAAUAAAAUAUAACAAUAUGUACAAUGAGUAUAAAAAUAGCAGGACUAUUAGCAAAUGGAUUAAGAAAGAACUUUUUAUAAUAUGUUAAAAUAUUAAUAUAACCAUUAUUUGCUAGACUUAAAGAUAAGAAAUAAAAUAUUAUUGAUGAUACAAUAACAACAUUAAAAAAGUUUAUUUAUUGUUGCACUCUAGAUGAUUUAUUUGAAGAAGUUAAAACACUAUUAGAUGAUAAAGCAUCUAGUCCAAAAAUUAAUGUUUUUAUACUUAUUGAAUAUUGUUUAGAUGAAUGUCCAAAAGAAAAGCUUAUUAAACUCUAAUGUUUUAAAUAAUUAGUACCUAUUUGUAAAAAAUUAACAGAAGAUGGUAAUGCAGAAGUAAGAACAAAAGCUCUCAAUAUGUUAGCAAAAAUAUCAGUUUAAUUGUAUCAUGGUUCUAUGGCUUCAGAUUUAAAAGGAGAUAAAUUUAUAAAAUAUUAAACUUAGGUUAAUAUAUAUCUUGAAGGAAUAAAAGCUAUAUAAGGUAAUACUUCAGAUAUCUAAAAUCGUUAAAAGUCAACUUUAUAGUCUAAUAAAGAAAACAUAUAAAAUUAAGCUAUUAUCAAUACUAAAUCUGAUAUUACUUUAAAUAAGUCCCAACCUAUCCUUUAUUCUUAAGCCAAUUAAGAAAGUCAAGAUGUUAAAUAUUAAUCUACUAUGACUUCUAAUCAAGUUGAAGUAUUCCUUAAAUAAUACAAAAUUAAAAAUAAAGAUUAAAGUGAACUUGGAAAUAUAUUACUAACCAUUACAUAAUAAUCCAAACAAAUUCUAAUUAUCAUUAUGGAUUAUAUAGUAGAUAAAUUACCAGACUAAAAAUAAAUUUGUUAUUAGUUAUUUGAAAAAUGUUCUUAAUCAUAUAAGCCUAAUCAUUUUUCUUAAUUAAUUAUAAGCUUUAAGAAUUCUCCUAUUUAAAUAUAAUUAAGUGAAAUUUUAUAACUAUUAUUAAAAUAUAUUCCUUUAAGUGAUAAAACAUUAGAUUAAUAAUUAAUUUCUGAAUUUUUAAAAGGUUAUUAAAAUUAAUCUAAUUAAAAAACACGAUAGCUUGUCAUAGAUUGUUAAAAUGCAUUAAAAUCUUUAUUUGAAAUUAAAAAAGUUCCAUCUGAAUAAAAACCAAUAAUUCCAUUUUCUUUAACAUAAUUUAAUGAUCAAUAAAUUGAUUAAUUGAAAGAAUAAUUAAAAGUACCAUAAAUACCUUAAAUUUUAUAUGAUAAACUUUUUAGUUACAAUCCUUAAUUAAAUUUAGCUGCAGCAUCUUAUAUUAGAUCAAAAAUUACAUAAGCAGGAGAAUUUGCAGAAAUCUUUUUUAAAUGGGGUUAUCUAAUCUCAUGGUUUAAGGAAAAUAUACCUUUGUAAAGUGAAAUAAUCAUGUUAUUUUAAUUUUUGACUUCAUAACAAAAACUUACAUUAUUAGAAUAAUAAAUUAUAUCAUCUUAUAUUAAAAUGAUGACAUUAUUAUACAUUAGAAAUGGAAUGCCAAAAUUAGCAUAAAGAACUCUGCCUUUACUUAUGAGUUUAUUAGCUGAUUAUAAAUUAUAAAUUGCUUAAAUACAUCAAUUAGGUAAAUUUGAAGAUUUUGAAGAUACACUUAAUACUUAGGCUAAUUAAAUAAUUCAAUCAAUGUAAGAUAGCAUUUCUGAUUGGAAUUCCAAUUCUUAAAUUUAAUAAAAAUAAAUAAUAGUUUCUUUAAUGUUACAAAUUAAUAAAGAAAAUGAUUUAUAAGAAAAGAUUUUGGAUUAAAAAAGGCUUUCAAUAAAAAUGGAAGGAAUUAUGCUUUCUAAUAUUGAUAAAUUAAAUAAAUUAGAAUAAACUUAAAGUUCUCAGAAACUUACCCAAGAAUAACUUUCUGAUAAAAUAAUAAUAUUGCAAAGUCUUUCAUAAAAAAAAGUACUUUAAUAAAAAAAUUUUAAUUUACCAUAAACUUAAGUUAUCAAUAGUGGAAAUAAAAAUAUCAGUUCCUCUUAAAUUAUAAAUUACAAAGAUAAAGAAAUUGAUAUAAUUUUAAGAAGUUUUCAAUAAAUGUAUUACAAAUUUAGAGAAACAAAUUUAAUUGAAAACUCCUAAACUUUUGCAGAAUAAAUUAUCUUUCUAUUAAUUAAUCUAUUAAUUGAAGAAUAUUAUGAUAAAAUGAAUGAAUUCUUAGAAAAAUUAAUACAUAUUUUAUCAUCAAGCCAUUUUUAUAAAAGUAUUUCUUAUAACUAAUUUUAUAUCAUUUUUGAUUUACUUAUUUUUAAAAUGGUAGAAUAAUCUGUAAAAAAUAAUAUUAAAGAUGGAACAUAAAAAUGUUGUUACAAUUUGAUUAACUCAAAUUUAAUUAAAAUUUUAAAUAAUUAAGAUUUAUCAAAUUUAUAUUUAGCUUUUUUAGAUAUAUUAAUAAAAGUCUAAGAAUCUGACAAAUAAACUAAAUAGUUUUAUGCCUUAGUAACUAAAUGCUUAAGUAAAUCGGCUGACUAAUUAAAGGGUCAAUUCUAGUGGUUUUAGGUGCAAGCAAUUUUAGAGAAAAUUAAUCAAUAUUUGAGCAAGUAUUAAAAGCCUUCAAUAAAUUUGGAGUUUGCAUAGUAUUAAAAUUGUUUAUUGAAUGCUCUUAAAACAACCGUCAUAUUUUUCUUUAACUAUAAUGAUGGUAUUAAAGUUUAUCAAUACAUCAUGCAAAAUACAAGUGAUAAUUCCAUAUUAAGAUAAUGGAUAUUAGAUUUAUAAGAAAAAAAUAAUACUAAUCUUAUAGUUGAUUUAGCAAAAUAUAGAAGGUCAAGAGAUACACAUUUUAACUAAAUUAUUGAAUUAUUAAAAAUAGAUUUUGAUAAAACUGUUGAGUAAUUCGUUCCCAUAGUUAGAAGGUAAAAUCUUAAUUGGAAACCUUUGGUCGAAUUUUUAAAUUUAGAUCAAAUAAAAUUUAUAGAAUAGAGAUUAGAAUCGACAUCUCAUAUGAAUUUGUUAGAAAAAAAAGUGGGAGAAUUAGAAAAGUUGCUUAAUUAAUGA